AUGGCUGAGGCAGAUCCUCAGACGGACAAUAACAAGUCAGUUUCUUUACUUCUAGUCGGAGAUGCAGGAUGUGGGAAAUCAACUUUCUUAGCUCGCCUGAAGAGCGGAAGACCAUCCCAAUCAGGGCCAUCUAAUACGGAACAAAAUACACUUGAACUAUUACGAGAUGGUGAUCAGCCUUUCAUCUACGACAUCCGGUUCUCAAAGAAGACAUUCACUCUAGAACUUUACGACACAUCCAACCCAAACCAGCAUUGGACAACCCUUCGGCCUGAUGUGGUUGUCCUAGCCUUUGACAUCUCCAAUCGAGACACACUUGUUGGACUAAAAGAGUGGCGAAAUGAUAUUACUCGUUACUUUCAGUACGGUCACGGCGAGCGCCUUCCAGUGAUGAUGCUGGGCCUGAAAAGGGAUCUACGAAGAGAAGGCGAGGGAAUUAUCUAUCCACAAGAGGCCUAUCGUAUUGCACAGGAACUUCGUUGUGAUAGAUACGCCGAGUGUUCGGCUGUCACAGGCGAGCUGCUCGCAGAGACGUUUGAAGAUCUUGCUAGAUUGGCGGCAAUGACGACGACUGAAAAAGGUGGCCAGAGUGAGGGCACUUCUUGCGUUAUUCUUUGA